GGUUACGGGGGUUGAUUUGAAGUCAGGAAUGAUCGUAGGGACGGAGACAAUGCUCCGGGGGAACGAAUCGUCAUGGAAGCUGGAGACACAAUAUGUGGAGAAACUGCUUCAUCGGUUGAAGGACGAGAAGAACUUCAUAAUCGCAGAGGUUGUGCAUGAUGAUUGUGGCGCGGUUGACGUCAUAUUGCGGCGAAUGAACAUUGACUCACAAAAGUGGGUGUCCACGAGAAAAAAUGAUGAACUCAUUGAGAUUGUUUGGGGUGUGCUAUUCCCCAACGAAGCAAGGAAAGCGUUGCCAGAUGAUGUCGUCGAGAUCGACGCGUUGCAAACACUGCAUUGCAAUGCGGCGGAGGAGGCGAAGGAGUGGUUGUACGACGCUUGCAGGCUGCGCGAGCGGGCAAAGGAUGAUGAUGGCGAUGUGUUGGUCACUCAUGUGCAACACCUCGCCGAUCAUUGGGUCGGGGAUCAUUCCCGUUGCGAUAAAGAGUUGUCCAACCUGUGCAAAGCGGUCGGAGGUCCGAACAGAGAGUCAUUGUACGAGGCGGGGGGACGUUUUCAUUUCGCCAUCGCGCGCUGUCUUGAACAGUUCGCUUCGAAUACGAAGAUGGCCUACUACACACGUGAGAGGAUGACCUUCAACAACCAAUGCUUCCACUCCGUGAUCAACAAGUACACAACGAAACACCUGAACUUCCCCAAGUCAUAUAAGGCACGCGUGUGUUGCACCGCUUUGGAGUGGAACAAAAACAAACGAAUCAGGCGAUUGCGCACAGUCUUCCGCAAACCGACAAACGUAACCCAUCGACGUCGUUCCGCAGCACAGCAUAUAUACGCCGCACGGGAUACGUCGUGGCGCUUCGACAUUGCCACUGAAGUUUUUGGCAGCCCUCGGGUCGGAGAUUGGGCACGUAACAUUUUGCACCAAUCGGACGUCGACGACCCAGUUAUUGACCAUUAUGAUGAGGAAGUUGAUUAUGGACUCCCUGAUGCCGUUGCAAGUGCGGUGGAGGGUGUUGUGGUUGAAGGUGACAAUGUUUUCGUUGAGGCGGGAAGCGAAAGUGCUUCAGAUGACGAAAAGUCGUCUUCCGACUCCGACAACGAUGGUGCCGCUCACCGCCUCGACUUUGACGGCGCCGUUCUUUCGCAGGAGGUGUCCGUUGCGCAGGAGUGAUAGUGUCACAUACCACAUUGAUGCCCAUUAUCGUCGUCGUAAUCAUAAGAAUGUUAUGUCCUCGAUUUUGAACUGGUUGUGAUAACUGGUUGUUCGAACUGGUUUGGAGAACUGGUUGUUCGAACUGGUUGUAAUUUUUGAACUUGUUGUGAUAACAGGUUGUUCGAACUGGUUGUGAGAACUGGUUGUUAGAACUGGUUAUGAGAACUGUUUGUAAUUUUGAACUGGUUGUAAUUUUGAACUUUGUGAGAAAUGGUUGCAAUUUUUGAACUGGUUGUGAGAGAAAGAGAGAGAGAGAGAGAUUAUACGUAGAUAUGUCCCCCUGUGGCAAAAUUGAUACAUGCAAAACAAUACGAACAUCUUUCCCUUCAUCUCCAUCCGGCUCACUCUCUCUCUCUCUCUCUCUCUCUCUCUCUCUCUCUCUCUCUCUCUCUCUCUCUCUCUCUCUCUUAUGUUACUGGAGUCUCGACAAACUGAUUCAUCUUGUCUCUCUGUCCCACGUAUGUCUAUGUAGUCUCGACCAACGAGACUGCAAUGAAUUUGCACCGCAUUC